AUGUCGGCACAAGCUUCUCCACAAUCUCCAGAAGCUCCGCAAUCUCCAGAUGCACCGCAAUCUCCUGAUGUUCCAGCUUCACCAGAUGCAGAAGAGGUAAAUGGUUUUUCUUUGUUUAAAAAAUAAUUGGUUUUUGCAGGUUGCCAACGCUCCAGAAAGCCCAACCGGUGAAUUAAGAGAUCUCUAUGCUCCCCAAAGUCCAUCUUCGAAUGGUCAAAAAUCACCAGAACUUGUACGUUCGCCUGAAAUUGAAGAAACACCGCGCAAAAAAGCAAUAAUUGAUUCUGAUGAUGAAGAAGAAGAAGCUGGAGCAUCGAGCAGCAAAAAACGCGCUUUGAUAGAAUCUGAUGAGGAUAGUGAUCAGGAGAAAAGUUUGCCGAAGAAAAGGUUGAUUGGCUCGGAUGCUUCGGAUGAUGAGGAAGAACCGGAAAAACAACAGAAAAGUGCGAUUUUUGUGGAUGAUAGUGAUGAAGAUGAAGAACCAAGAAGAAGAGAAGAGAAUUCAGGUGAUGAAAGAGAAGAACAAAUGGAAGAAGAGGAAGGAGAAGCACCAAAAGCAGCAGUUGCUGUUGAAAGUGAUGAUGACGAUGAUAUUGUUGAUAGAGGUGGCGGGGGAGGAAGACGUGGUUUUGAAUGGGAUUUCGAUGUUAUGUUGCGUGAAAAGAAAGCAGAACGAAAAAGAAAGACAAAACGAGGAAAAGACAGUGGAAUUGAUAUUAUAAAUGAUGACGAUGGAAUGAUUACACAUCUUGUUGAACGUAUGAAAGCUGCGGCGAAAGCUGAUCGAAAUGCAAAUCUAGAAAGAAAGCCGGCAUUUCAAAAGAUUAAAUUGUUGCCGGAUGUGAAAGCGAUGAUGAAUCGAGCGGGUAUUGUUGAAGCAUUGAUUGAGAACGGGUUUAUGAGUGCGAUUUCUGAAUGGCUUGCACCUUUGCCGGAUAAAUGUUUGCCUGCGAUGGAUAUUCGGAUUACUGUUUUGAAAUUGUUGCAUAAUCCGAGAUUUUGGAAACUUGAUCGAGUGAGUUUAUUUGAUCUUUUGGAUUAUAAUAAUAACAAGUAUAGAUGGACAUCGACUAAAUGACAUUUUCAUGUUUUUUAAGCAAAUGAGUUGAAAUAUUGGGUUCUAAUGUUAUUCAUAUGAUAGAAUGGUCUAAGACAAACAGAAUGAUAUAAAUUUUGGUGACUUUACAUUAUCCAUAAGUGAUUUAGCGACGUUUAGUCGAUAUUUAGUCGAUAAGCCGGUAAAUCACUUAUGGAUAACGUAAAAUCAUCAAAAUUUGAAUCAUUCUGUUCGUCUUAGACCAUUCUAUCAUAUGAAUAACAUUACAACCAAAUAUUUCAACUCACUUUGCCUAAAAAACCUGAAAAUGUCAUUUAGUCGAUUUAGUCAAUGUCCAACUACAAUAAAAAUAAUGCUACGCUUUUUACACCGGGUCAUUUUCUAAGCGAUUUUUUUAUCAAAUUGAUUAUAUAUCUUGUAAUUAACAUAGUUCGAGUAUAAUUGUCACAAAAAAACUAGAGAAUCUAUAGAUUAUUUCGAAAAAUUGGGUGAUGAUCUCAUCCAGUGCAAGAUUCAAAUUGAUUUGUAUUUUACACCUGGUCAUUUUUGAUUUUUUUUUUCAAGAUUUUAGGCUUUAAUCGAUUGAAAUUUAUUUAGUGAGCAUUUAUUGAGUACUGUCCAAAGAAAAUGCUGUUUUUUGGGUCAAAAUUUUGUAGAUUCGGAAGAGCCAUACAUAACAUAGGUUACCCGAACCAGUUUUUUUCAGUUAGGGUCCCGCUUUGAAAAAUUUCCAAAGUUAAACCCCUUUCCUUACAUAUUUGAGCGAAUUUUAGACAAAUCUGGGAAUUUCGGUAAAUUAUCAGCAGAACAUUGGCCAAGUUAGGCACCCUUCCAUUCAGAUUUUUUUGAAAAAAGUUAAGCCCCUCAACCCAAUUCUGGGGACCCAUUUUAUGCAUGGGAAGAGCUUCCAGUUUUACAAAUGCAUCAUUUUGAGCCAAAUUUCAAGAUUUUUGGCUUAAAUUGAUUGCAGUUUUCAUUAAAUGUCCACCAAAUGAAUUGCAAUAAAUUUAAGCCUAAAAUCUUGAAAUUUGGCUCGAAAAUGAUGGAUUUGUAAAACUGGAAGAGCUUCCAGAAAAAAUGAUGAAAUUAACUCACAGGCUUUGCUACAUUUCAAAAAAUAGUGAAGAAUAUAAAUGCGAACGUUUUGAAAAAAUCAGAAACGAGCAAAAUAAUUCACGUCAAAAUAUUUAUUUUUAAGCUUAAAUCUAGGGCACGCCAUUAAAAAAAUAAAUAAUAAAGAAACUUAAUUUCAGAGCACAUUGAAACAAUCGGGCCUUGGAAAAGCUGUGAUGCUCCUUUAUAAACAUCCAAACGAGACGAAAGAGAACAAAUUGAUUGCGAAUAAAUUGAUCGGAGAAUGGGCUCGCCCGAUUUUCCAACUUGAUACCGAUUACAGUUCAAUGACAAAAGAAGAGCGAGUUGUGAGAGAUUACCAAAGAAUGCCAGAAGUGAAAAAGAAGAAGAUGAAGUGAGUUGGGAAUUGCAGAAUUCCUGGAAUCCAGAUUUGAUUUUUUCAGCAUCAAUAAAGCUCGCGAAGAAGAAGAGGAUUCGGAUGAUGAAAGUGACAGAAGACGUCCGAAAAUCAAGGAAACUGGAGGUUUGGGACCAACAUCUUCGGGUUUAUUGAAGCCGGGUGAUGAUGGAUAUAUUCCGAGAGCAAGAGUUCCGAAACCAUCGACUAGGGAUUAUGUGGUUAGACCGAAGUGGAAUGUUGAAGGAGAAUGUAAAGUGAGUUUUUUUUUUUCAAAAAUCAUAAACUUUCAAUAGAGCUGAUUCACGAACGAAAAAAAUGUUUAAAAAUGUUUUUUUAACAUUGAAAGAUCAAUUCACGAAAAGUCAAAAAAUGUCGAAAAAACAUUGUAAGUCAAAAUUAGUUUUUCAAGGUUUUUCAGCCAAAAAUGAUGACAAAUCAAUAUUUUUCAAGAUUCUGGAGUAAUUUCUGAUUAAAAUAAGCUUUGAGAAUCAAAAUUUAAAAUUUUUUUAUUUUACAAAAAAUCAGCAAAACUUCUUGAAAGUGAAUUCAAAGGUCAAUUUUCAUCAGAAAUUACUCCAGAAGCUUAAAAAUAUUGAUUUGUCAUCAUUUUUGGCUGAAAAACUCGAAAAACUAAUUUUUGUACACAGGGUGACCCAAAAAAAAUGAAACAAAGUUUUUUUGAAUUCUCUCUUACAAGGGAACCUCUUCAGCUCGCGGUCGAGUUUUGAGCUGAAAAUUGUUUUGGGGGUACUUUAAGAUGUUCUAAUGGCCAUAUAAAAAAUUCAGCUGCUGAACUCCACUCUGAGCACAAGAAAGUGAGCUCCGAAGUUUGAGCAUUUUCAAGGGCGCACGCGCCAGUUUUAUUCUCUUCGAAAUUUCAACUGCAGAAAAAACAACUAGCAAAGCGCAGCAGGUUAGCGGAUAGCCUCUUGAGGCAAUGCUGUGGGGUUCGACUCCUGCUCCCUUCAACAUUUUUUAAUUUUUUUCUUUUUCAAGAAAAUGACUUUGGAGUACUGUAACUUGUUUAAAAAUCGAUUUUUUGAAAAUCAGAUCAUACGGGGUUGUUCUAGAGGGUCAAUUAUAUGAAAAAAUAAGUUCAUAUAAUUUUUCGAGAAAAUUCAUUUUUCUUCAAAAUUCAUGGUCAUCGGAUGGAUGAAAAUUUUCGAAAAAAAUUUUUUUGAAAUAAGUUCAGUUUUUAUGAAAUUGAUCUUCCUGAACAACUCUGUGAAAUCCGAUUUCCAUAAAAACCGUUUCUACGAAAGUUAUCGCUUGCGAAGUUUUUUUCUCCAGAACGAAGAUAGGAUAAUCGGGAGUUUUUCUGGAAUUUGGCUGGUUUGGAAUGUUGUAAAUUGAAAAUUUUAAAGUUUCAAUAGAAAAAUGAUUUUUUAAAUUAGAAAUGUUGGUAAAUCAUUAUCUUUUCUCCCACUAUUUCAAUUGCAAUUGCCCGACAAGUGAAGACCUUAUAAUUUGGGAAUAUGAAUUCAAAUUUAUCAUAAGUUUUGAGAGCUGUUGGUAUAAUUUAACAUGUAAAGUUUCCAAUAGGGUUUGUUCUCAUUAACUUUUUGAGAAAUUGGAUGAAAAGGACGAAAUUCUAGAGAAUGGCAACAUAAUUAUAUGAACUUAUUUUUUCAUAUAAUUGCCCCUCUAGAACAACCCCGUAUGAUCAGAUUUUCAAAAAAUCGAUUUUUAAACAAGUUACAGUACUCCAAAGUCAUUUUCUUGAAAAAGAAAAAAAUUAAAAAAUGUUGAAGGGAGCAGGAGUCGAACCCCACAGCAUUGCCUCAAGAGGCUAUCCGCUAACCUGCUGCGCUUUGCUAGUUGUUUUUUAUGCAGUUGAAAUUUCGAAGAGAAUAAAACUGGCGCGUGCGCCCUUGAAAAUGCUCAAACUUCGGAGCUCACUUUCUUGUGCUCAGAGUGGAGUUCAGCAGCUGAAUUUUUUAUAUGGCCAUUAGAACAUCUUAAAGUACCCCAAAACAGUUUUCAGCUCAAAACUCGACCGCGAGCUGAAGAGGUUCCCUUGUUAGAGCAGGAUUGAAAGAUAUAAUAUGACUUACUCAUGGGUUAUCUAAGACCUCCUGAAAGCUAAAUCCAAGAUGAUUUUGUUAUAUAUUAUUUUUGAAGUGAGCAGGACGUGAAAAUCUAGGAUAAAAAAACGGCCAAAAAGACGCAUGUCAUAAAUGCAAAGUCGGGUCCAGUUCAGACUUAUUUUUGAAAAUUGUUCAUUGAAUGCCAUUGGGGGAUUCAGUACAACCCUAGUACUCAAUUUUAUACAAAACAUAUCUUCCAUUGAACUUAAACGAAGUUCACAACUUUUGAUUUAAAAGACCACUGAAAAUUGGAAAAUCAAUUUCCAAAAAGCACAUUUUCAGUUUUUUCGAAAUUUUUCCCGCUGAAAAGUUUUGGCAUCGCAUAUCUCUACAUUAAAACAAUGAUAGGCCUCUAAUAAAUCAAAGAUGGAAGAUGAAUAGUCGAAGUUUUGAUUUUGGUGCCAGUCAGAGAUCAAACUUUCAUGAAAACGGAAAAAUUCGACCGGUUGCACAAAACCACUCGUAAAAUAUGUAAUUCGAAACGAAAGUUAAGAAAAGUAUAGUGAAAAAUGUUCCUCUAGAGUUGCUCUAUUUCAUUCAUGAAACAUAUAAGAGAUCUAAAAGCUCCGAAGAAAGUUAGAGACACUGAAACUCAAAGUUUGCAAUUUCUGAAGAGUUGCGUCCAAACAACGUUUUCAAUUUUACUCUUCUCCCUAGUGCGGAUCACGUGAAACACGUGAAUUUCAAAAACAAAUUUAACAGUUAUUUAGCUAAUGGUAUUGGAAUCUAUAAUUCAUGAUCAGAAUGUUCAGUUUAAAAAUUGCGGAAUAGGUUCUAUUGAGCCAAGUUUGUUUCAGUUUUUUUGGGUCACCCUGUAUAAUGUUUUUUUUUUACUUUUCGUGAAUUGAUUUGAUCAAUGCUAAUUUAAAAAUUCAAGUUUCACCUACAUUUUUCACGAACCACUCGAAGUUCUAGAAAAUUAGAAUUUUUCCACGUCAUAACUUUUUUUUUCAAAAAUUCGACAUUUUUAAGAUUACAUAUAUUCAAGUCGAAAAAAAUAAAAAAAAAUUUUUGACAAAAAAUUUUCGAUUCAGAAAAUGUCGAAAAACUAUAUUUUUUCCCUAUUUUUUUUACAUUUUCUGAAAUGAACACUUUUGUUAAAAAACUUUUAUUUAGUUUUUUAGUGAAAAAAAUUGGAAAUUUUCCACGUCAUAACUUUUUUUUUUCAAAAAUUCAACAUUUAGAAGGCUAAAUAGAUCUUCCGACUAGAAUUGCUCCCCCAGAAAUUCAGAGUUUUCCAAACCCCAAUUUGUUUCCAGGAUCGCAAAGCAACCGGAACUCGUCGCUACGAUCAAGCGCUUCGAGAUUUCCAAGAACGAACCAAAAAAUCGAAAGCAAGUCGAUCAGUAACUGUUUCAUUGGAAGGUCGCAAUUUGCAAAUUUGA